AUGGGGAAGAAAAAGCAAAAACUGGUGCGUCAUACAGCUGAGCAACUCACAGACGCGCCUCCAACCCACAUCCACACGGCUUCAAUUUACACGUUUCAAUCCGGCAAGCCAUUAGUGCGCACUGAGUCCCUAACUGGUGUCAACAUACCUCCAGUUUCUCUCCAUGACGAGGAUCCACCAUCAGCUCGCAACCAAUUCCAAAUAUAUGAUCCUGGCGAUUUUCUGGAGUAUAUGCCCAUCCCCGAUGAUGAUGUUGAGACUGAGACUUCCAAGAGGAAAGGACAGCCGGCGAUCACCCCCUUGCAGCAUGGCUGCCAGAAUCGCUGGAAUGGCCAUUACUUUGAACGAAUAUCCUUAAAGACGUUAGGGCUAUGCAUCCAGUUGGGCCAUCGUAUGGACGACACUUGCUGCAAUCCUCAACGAGCAUUCAAUGAUGAUUUCCCUUGCGCUGUUUAUCGGACAACGUUGGCAUUGAUCCGCCAAAGAAGCCUUAGGACCGCUACCCAACCUUCUUACAGUGUAGUCCAUGAGUGGCGGAUCAUCAAUUACUCAAACAUUUUGCCCGUGGUCACUGCCCAGAUGGCGUGGGGACAACUGAGCCAGGACAGUGCGCAGUGCUCUGUCCUGCAUGUCCCCAACCCGGAAAAAAUAUUCCCGAGGAUUGGAAAGAUGCCCCGCCUGAUAAGCGAAGGUAGAUGGCUUUAUGCCUUGUUUGUCGGUAUUGACACAAACUUCCGUCUGAAGCGGAAGUUCGUAUCGAGUGACAGCAUCGAUCCUGGAAUCAGUAAGGGAUGGUCAUAUUUCGUAGAUGAGCGGGCAUACAAGGGGUAUCUAGAUGAUCACAAAGACCGAAACCAGGAGCGCAGUACAUGUGCUAGUCACAAUGCCGUCAACAUGGCUGAUACGAAGAAUGCCAGAGGCCUUGCCGCAACAGGCGUCGGGACAGUAGAUUGUGCUCGACAUAAUAUGAAGCUUCGUAACGCAGUUGGUGACUUACAAAAAGGCGAGAAAUAUAUAAAUAUGGACUAUCUCUUUUUCUCUGCAAUGAGCCACAACGAAGUCACUGUCCUCAAUGUUUCAUUUUAUUUGGAUUUUAGCAGCAAGGCAAUCACCUUUCUCGUCCCAAAGUUCCAUUUACCUGCCCAUAUCGAGCAAUGUCAAAUCGACUUUUCAUUUAAUCUCUCACGGUAUGUUGGCCGUACUGAUGGCGAAGCUCCAGAACGUGGGUGGGCCAACAUUAACCCGAUCACAUCAAGUACGAAGGAAAUGGGCCCAGGCUCUCGGCGGGACACACUCGAUGAUUACUUCGGUGACUGGAAUUGGAAGCGUUGUAUAUGGCUUGGACGACUGCUUGCUCGCAAGCUAGUGGACGCGAUCGAGCAAAAGGCCAAGCAUCAACGGGAGCUCAUUGAACUUGAGAGCUGCCUGAAAGCACAGGAUAUUUCACAAUGGAGAAUCGAGGUCGAGGCUUGGGAGCAGGAUCACUCACAGACUAAUCCAUUCCAAGUCUGUGUAGCACCCGAGACACAUGCUGCUGUGCAGUUGGAGCUCGCACGUAUUGAAGCUGCAGAACUUGAAUCCGGCACAAACAUCUCUCUUCACGCAGAUGUCUCUCCCUCCAUCCUAAUCAGCUCUGGUAUUGAUUUGGAAGAUCAACAGCGACGUUUGUCUCUUGAGAUUGCGGCACUCGGUGUGCAUGCGACUGAUCACCAACUUGCAAAGGCCCAGCAGCAUACCAACUCGUUACGAAGGAAAAUCGAAAGUUGGCAAGAUAUUCAGCUACUUUACAUGCCGUUUGUAUCACUCCUGCGCGGCAGUGAAGAACCAUGUUCCCCCGCCAGUUCUACACCCGUCGAAGCUUUCCAGCUGUGGUUACCAUCUGCGGUGGCAAAUACACGCGCAAGAAGUACAAUCAGCAAGGCUGAUGCCAAAGUCAACAUGGCCGCUGAGCGUUACGAAGUCGCGAGGGCAGCGCUUGCAAAUUUAGCACGAAUUCUCAACGAGGAUCGGACAUGGAUGGAGGUUUUCAAGCCUCUCAAUCGGAGCAAGGACCUGAAAGCACUGAAGGAUAUGUGGGGGAAGGAGACAGAGGGGACAUGGCACCUUUCUUGGAUUUGGAAAACACCAGGAGUAUCAGAGAACGCCAGUGUUGGGCUGCAUGAUGCUCUUCAUAUUGAAUGGUGUAAGGCUCGUGCGCGUGCGAUGCGAUGGGAAGAGGAGGUUGACUUACUGAAGGAGGAACAACAGCGGGUCAUAGCAUUCUUGGACUGGCAGGGAGGUUGGUGGCAGAGUCAGCGAGAGCGCCGUGACUCGGAGUCCCUGGAUGAUACAUUGAGGGAAGGUUUGGUGGCUUACGCUGAACGCCAGGCAUCACUGCGUUGGCAGCUGUCGACUCAUUUUCAGAUCUUGUGGUCUCCUCCUACCCUCCCGACCCCACCUGCGGGCACGACAACGUAG